AGGUACUGUAAAUUUAAUGAUAGGGUAUGAGGUAUGCAAGGUAUUACAUAACUAUGAAUACAUAUAAGUCAUACAACAUUACUGUAUUUAUAGGUAUAAUUUCCAUUGUGCCGGACAGUUGAACACGUGGCUCGUUGGUCUAGGGGUAUGAUUCUCGCUUCGGGUGCGAGAGGUCCCGGGUUCAAAUCCCGGACGAGCCCUUAUUUUACAACUAGUUUUAUAAUUGCUUUUCCGUUUCGUUUAUCUCUGCCCCACGUUUCUGUAAAUGUAAUAUGCACCAUUUGUUCCUUUGUUGUUAGGCGUUCUUAUGACAUACGGGUGCACACAGAGGCAAAAUAUUAAAAUCCUGCAAAACAUGGAUCUUUUGAAAGAUUUAAAAAUUGAUUCCCUUUAUUCUGAUCCAAUGGGUUGGGGGUCUGCUUCGCCGGCCAUUUCGACUUUUCGCCAUUGCGUGCCUGUUGGCUCGUUUUUUCAUUCGAUUCUGAGAAUGAAACAGACACAGGCGUCUGCUACUGCUUGCAGCAGUUAUGUACGGCUCGUUUAUUUUUGCUCAUUUACUCAGAAAUUGCUGUAGGGAGUUGUGGUUUGUUUACGGAUACUCACUAAGUAUUUCUACACGACUAAAUACUGGUAAAUGCCGGUAGCCCCACUUGGCGCGUCACCAACCGAAACAUGGUCGACAGGAAACGUUCAAGACGGCAACAUUUCAUUUCUGCUGGUCUUUUCGGGUGAAGAAAUUAAUUUAAAGAGUGAAUCACGGCAUUUUGAUAUAACCCAUCCAAUAUAGUUGUUGCGUGUCUCCGUCACAGGUACAAAAUCGUGAUCGGACUUCGUCUUUCCUGUGGCUCGUUGGUCUAGGGGUAUGAUUCUCGCUUUGGGUGCGAGAGGUCCCGGGUUCAAAUCCCGGACGAGCCCAAUUUUUUUUCUGGUUUGUCUUUAAACAAUUCCUUACCAUCUGGCUGUAUAUACACAUCUUUUAGAUAAUAUAUCAUCUAUCUAUAUACCUAUAUAGAUAUAGAUAUAUGUAUAUAUAGCGUUGUUCCUCCCCUUCUAUCUACACCCCUCCUAUCCUCCAUCCUCCCUUCCUUAUUCCUCCACCUGCUUUCGGUCAAACGGCGAACAAAGAGCGCCUCCACCUCUCUGCUCCCCCAGCUGUUGUUGGGAGGGCUUACGGCCGGGUAGAAAUAAAGAGAGACGUUCCUGUUCCGCCCCCACAAACGCCGCAGACAGUCCUGACAGGCGGCAGCCGAGCCGGGCUCUUUCUCUGUGUUCACAGCGGCGACACUGAAAAAGAGACGAGACGGAUCGGAAUCAGCUCAGCUGGAGAGUCAGCGUGGGAAUUUGAGAUUAACUGCUUUGGCACAUCGUUGGAAGCCUUUCAGAUCACCCUCAGGGAUUUACUAUUAUUAUUAUUAUUAUUAUUAUUAUUCACCGCAGCAGCAAAAGGAGGAAAAACUCCCAGUGUGCGCCUGACGAUGGUCCUGUGUGAAGAUGGCGAGUGCAGCGUCUGCCUCCUGCCGUACUCCCGCAUGGACCGGAUACCCCGGCUGCUCCACUGCAGGCACACCUUCUGCGAACCGUGCCUGGAGACGAUAUCCCGGCUGAGGAGCGGGCACCUGGCCGUGUCCUGCCCGCUGUGCCGCCGGGUCACCUGCAUAGGGCCGGAGCGCAGCCUGCAGGAGGCCCUGUGGGUCGACCUGGAGCUGUGGGAGCGGAUACAAGAGGCCGCAGUGGUGGAAGAGGAGGAGAAGGAGGAGGAGGAGGAGGAGGAUGGACAGAAACGAAGAGCGACAGUGCAGAGGAUGGAGGCUAAACAGCAGCCCGCAUUACAGGCCGAGUGCGUUUCCUGGCGGCCGGCCCCGGCGCGCCUCAGGCUGCCCGCUCUGUUCCGGAGGUUCAGCUGGACCAAGCCGCACCGGGAGACCGUCAUCCCCAGCAGCAACAGCGUAGAAAUGAAAUCCUGGCGCCGACUCUCAACGGACGACGUCUUCUAAGAAAUGCAACCGGAGGAUCCAUUUGUCUUCCUGUUGGGAGACGGUUUUGUCCUCAGCUGAAGGUCUUCCCAUUAUUUCAUCCAGGCUUAAUUCUCCCAGCUGGUGCAGUGGGAUUUAGUUCAGCUGUCCCAGUCCGGCUAACGCCCCCAAACCCUCUCACAGCAGAUGGUCCGCUCCUCAUCACUCAGCAUAACUUAUUAUUUUUCCUUAUUUAUGACAGUUUGUUGACAGAGUUUGUAAUUAAACUAUUUUUAAAAUAUUUCUUUUCCACUUUUUUUUUUUUUUUUUUUUUGAAUUUCUUUCUUUGUGAUUUUAAGGAAUCGUGAGCUCCAGCUUGAAAACUCCACUCUUCCCUCCAUCUUUCCUGAAGUAUUAAGUCAGAACAUGAAUAUGAUAAUGUGACUGGAACUUUAUGCACACACACACAAAAAAGAAAAAGCUUUGCAUAAAACACCCAGUCAGCCAUGAAAGUGGAUUAUAAUCUUCAUUCAUCGAGCAUCUGGCGAAUUUUCCACGUUAAAUGAUAUCAGAGAACUGGACCGUCACUUCGAAGGGAACGCCCUUCGUUCCCCCUGCCUGCCUGUGUCUGUGCUGGAGGGUUCUGUUGUUAUGAAGUGUGCUGUCACACACACCCACACACACACACACUCCGGAGUUGUUUUGUUUCAGCACGAAUUAGUUUCGCCUCAGUCAUAUUAAGGUCAGCGCAGUAAGAAAUCCGUUAGUCGUCCCACUGGUUUAGCAAACAGCAGGCUGCCUCAGCUGCAGAGCUCUUAAAGAGACAGUCCCGCUUUAACGCCUGUUAUUAAUCUGACUGAGCCUUUCAAUUCCCUUUUUUUCCCCAUGUUUUCAUGUUAAAGCCGUAAGCCUCAGUGGUGGUGUGAUUUAUUUGGGAUUAAAUGUGAGCAAUCUAAACCACAGGUGUCAAACCCAAGGCCUGCGGGCCAAAUCCGGCCCACCACAGCUGUUACUGAGGCCCUCUACAAUUUAGAGGGCCACAUGAAUUGAAGUUCUAAGACAACAGCUACACGCUUAAAUAUUAUUUUAUCAGUCAAGUCCAACCAGUUUUCAACUGUAUAGGACCAAAUUACAUUAUUGUGA